GAUGCGAGAGACGCGCAGCGAGAGCCAGACGCGCCGCGUUAAUUAGCGGCGGAUAUAUUAACGGGAAUAACCGGAUUAUGAAGGAUUUGAGCAGGAGAAAUCGCAUGAAUCCGGUGUCAUACAAGGCGAGGGAUUAAAGUUGUGGCUCCACGCCUCCCUCCUGCCCCGGAGCGCAGUGAUGGGGAUCGACCGGCGGCGGAGAGCCUGGCUGGCUCUCACCUUGAACUUGGUCGCCCUGUUCCUGGCCGUGUCGGCGCUGACCACCAGCUACUGGUGCGAGGGGCUGAGGAAGGUGGUGAAGCCCUUCUGCUCCGGCCCCGUCACCACCAGGCAGUCCUUCUGCAUCAUGUUCAACAGCUCCAACAUCAACGACUCGCGCCUGGUCCAGUACAUCUGGGAGACCGGCGAGGACAAGUACGUGAUGAGGAAGUUUCACACGGGCAUCUGGUUCUCCUGCGAGCAGAACAUCAACAUGACCGGUGAAAAAUGCAGGAAUUUUAUUUAUGUUGCACCACUGAAUGAAAGAGGAGUGCUGUGGCUGUGCAUCGUGGCAGAGUGCCUGUACAUCCUCCUGCUGGCCACCGGGGGCAUCCUCAUGUCUCUAGAAGUGUGUCACUUUGGAAACGUCAUCGACGGCCUGAAGCUCAACGCUUUCGCUGCCAUAUUCACCGUGCUUUCAGGGCUGCUGGGCAUGGUGGCCCACAUGAUGUUCACCACGGCCUUCCAGCUGACCGUCAGCCUCGGCCCAGAGGACUGGAAACCUCAAUCGUGGGACUACAGCUGGUCCUACAUCUUGGCUUGGAGCUCCUUCACCGCCUGCAUGGCGUCCUCGGUCACCACCAUCAACCGCUACACCAAAACCAUCCUGGAGUUCAAGCACAAGCGCAGGAACAUCGAGAAGAACCUCAAGAUCAAGCAGAAGCUGCUGGAACUGGACUCGCCGGAGCAGGUGUGGGACAUGUACAUCAGCUCGGUGCCCAGCACUGCCGAGGAGCUGCUGGACCUGUCGUCCCCCAGCGACCGCAAACUCUCCAACACCUCCAUUUUCCUGGACCUCAACGACCUGCCCGAGCCGCAGGGGGAGGAGUACUGCUAGAGUAGGCGCUACGCCACACCGAGUCCGUCGUUUAUGUUUGAUGUAAAUACUGCAAGGGAAACACGGGGGGGUCGAGAAUUCCUACGACAUGUUGUUUACCACAAACUGAGCAUGUUUUGAGCCAGCUGGUGAAGUCUGUAGUUCUGUUAACGUUGUCACUGGACCUUUAGUUGAGUCGAUGUUUCAGGUUCAUCAGACAGUUGUUGAUGAGUACAUGAGAUACAUCAGAUCAAAGACACAAUAAAAUGAAGAAGAGCUUAAAAUAAUGCCUUCUGAGUUCAUCAGAGGAGAAUAAUGAGCAAAAACAAUAAAGAGGUUGAGACUCCAGCAAUACUUUGAGUAAAAUGAGUUUAAAGCCACACUAUGUAGUAACACCACAUCUGACCGCAUGAGGGCUUCUCGACCUGCUCUGUUGACUGUGGUAAGAAGUCCGACACAUCUUGUAAUAACCACUUUGUCCCAGUAGAGGUACACUUUGUAGGGCAUAGUACCAACCAUCUAACUUCCUGGUUCAGUCUCACGCUAAGCUAAGUUUCGUUGCAGUUCAUCGACUGACCGCUAAAAGUUCAAAAAGCAAGUCAACCUCCAUUAACCUCCGUUUAAAAAAAGCCUGGUUGAAAAAAAAACAAUUUUGGUCUCGCCAGGAGAGUUUGUACAAAGCAUUACAUUUAUUUCUAAUAUGAUUGAUUCACAGUCGAC